AUGGAGGAAGAAGAAGACAAUGACAUUGUUAGCAUAUCAAAUAAACUGUUCGAUAAGUACUGCGAAGGUGAGUUCAUUUCAAAAGAGAAUGCGCUAGAGGCAACACUAACUAAAUUCAAGAAACUUGAUUUCGGAAUCCCUCCUGAUUGUACAAUAGAUGAUCUUAAAUUCAUGGUUGAGAACGAGCUUCCUGAUGCUGCAAUAACACGAGAUGGUUUUGAGACAUUUUUCAAGAAAGCCUACGAAAUAGUAUAUAAUCAACUUUAUCCUUCUGGUGAAGAAGAGGAACAGUUCGAAAUGAGUCGAGAAUUCAUACAGGAUAGACUUUCUGAUCUCCGUGGAGGCGAUGAUGAAGAAAAUGAAUUUAAUUUUCAAUUUAUUUCUUUGGUCAUUACUAAUGCAGACAUCACAGGGGCGAAAAACAUUACAGAAUUCAAAUAUCUUCAGAAUGUAGAGCUCAAAACCAACUCAAUUGCAGAUCUUACUCCUUUUACACAACUUCCAAAUCUAAAAAUACUAAAUCUCUCAGAGAACAAGAUUACAACACUUUCAGGAUGUAAUUUCCCAACAGUAGAGACCCUCAAUCUAUCACAUAACCAGCUCUCUUUCGUUGAUAAAUUUGAGGCUCCAAAAUUAAAAGAACUUGAUCUAUCAAACAACCGCAUAUUCUUCCUUUCAGAAGGUGCAUUUACACAUUUUCCUAAUCUAAUUCAUUUGUUUUUAUCAGCAAAUGGAUUGAAAAACGUAAAAGAAGGUUGCAUGACCGGUUUAAAGAGUUUACAGCAAUAUAAGCUUGACCAAAAUGCAUUGACUACAUUAGAUAAUGUUAUUCUCCCAGAUAUGACCGAAGUUAACGAUAUCGACAUCGGAGAUAACCAAAUUACAGACUUUUCACAGCUAAGUGUACUACCGAAACUUGAAGUUCUGGAUGUGCAUGGAAAUCCAAUAGAAAACGUUCAGCCAUUUAGAAAUCUUGGCAAUUUAGAAAAUCUUAAAUAUCUUUACAUUUAUCAGACCCCAUUCUCAGAAACUCCUAACGCUCGAACCGAAAUUUUACAAUAUUUGACUCAUGUCGAAGAAAUUGACGAAACACCAAUAACAGAAGACGAUGUAGGUGAAGAAGAUCAACAAGAUGUCCAAGAAGAUGAAGAAGAACAAGAUGUUGACCAUACAGGAAAAACUAGAUAUAGAGAAGAAUAUAAUGAGGAUAAUGAAGAAGCUGAGAAUGGAGAGGAUAACUGA